UAUGAAUUACAACGAGUCGGCCAUCUAUUUGGAGGAGGGAUUCAAUAACGAUAAGUUUGAAUAUCACCCGAAGUCCAGAAAAUCGUUGCCCGCAUAUCUAGUUGUCCACAACCAUUGGUUUUAUUCACUGGAUCUGUUGGCCUCACUUCUUCUGCUAUCGUUAGCAUUCUUUGAGAAGCCGGCCAUCAAUGGACUCAAAGUGAAUGAAGGGAUUCACGCAUCGCUGGAACUGUUGGCCCUAUCGAUCGUCGCCAUAGAACUGGUGAUGAAAUACCGGUGGAUGAGGACCGAGCACUUUGUAAGGCACACGCGUACGGCUAUUAAAACGGUUGUGCUUUUGAUUAUGAUUAUGGAGGCACUGGUGGUACUCAUUAGACGGGACUCACACUUCCGAGUGACCCGCGCUUUGCGACCCGUGUUUCUCAUUGAUAACCAUUAUUGCGGUGGUAUUAGACGAGUGGUGCGACAGAUAUUGCAAUCUAUGCCUCCAUUCAUCGAUAUGUUGGUCUUAUUAUUCUUCUUUAUGCUUGUCUUCGCGAUACUCGGCUUUUAUCUGUUCUCUCCGAAUCCAUCGGAUCCGUAUUUCUCAUCAAUCAGUAAAAGUUUUGUCAGUCUUUUUGUUUUGUUGACAACCGCUAAG